AUGAAUUCGAAUGAAAAUGAUACAAGAAAAAUCAGAGAUAUUAUGAAUGCAGCUCAAAUACAUCUAGUUGUAGCAACACUACUAGUAACAGUCACCUUUGCAGCCGGUUUCACACUACCAGGAGGUUUUGAGAGUGAUCACGAUAGCCCUCAUAAAGGGAUGGCGAUUCUAGUGAAGAAACCAGCAUUUUGUGCAUUCGUUGUCACAGAUGCCAUUGCCUUUGUAUGCUCCGCGGGGGCUGUGUUUAGCUACUUUGUCAUGGCAGCUAAUCACCGUCCCACGACCAAAGAAGAGCUGAGAGUUCUGGUGAACAUUUACAGGGUUGCAACAAUUUUGCAGUUCCUAUCAAUGUCAGCUGUUGUUAUUGCAUUUGUAACUGGUUUGUAUGCCACAUUGUCACAUUCAGUUAGUCUAGCUACUUCUGUUUGUGCCAUUGGUUGCCUCUCUUUCAUUAUUUAUGUGUUGGUUUUUCAUCUUAUUUACAAAGGAUUGACCGGAGAAACAACAAAUCAGUAGUGGCGGGGCCAGAAAUUUUACU